CCAAUAAGGGGACAAGAUACUUUCAAAUCUUGGGGGGGGGAAGGCUUUUGUUUGUGUUCUUUGUUUGGGAGUGUGUUCGUUCUCCGGGAAUGAGAGGGACCAGACAUCAAUCCAGGUUCUCCACAUCUUUCUAAACAAGCCUCUCCUAUUUCAAACUUGAAACGAGUGAGGCUUUGCCAAGUUGGCUAGGGUUUCUGCAAACCAAACAACUCCGUGCUGCAUUCCUAACUUCCCCUCUCCAUCUCACUCUGCACCUCUGCCCCCAGCACCAUUAUCCAAGACAAGAGCAACCCUACAAUAACAAAACAGCAUGCACUCAUGAUGAAGAAGUGAGAAGGGGUGGGAAAAUUCGGUGAAGAGCCUGUCUGAGUCAAAGGGUGAAAACCAGGUGUGUCUUCCUGAUGUCACUGAGCUAUAGAGGAUUCCAUGGGAAAACAAAGGACAGAGAUUGAGACUGAAGCUCACACUUGGCCAGGAAGCGCCCUACCCAUUGCAGGAGAAAGACCGCUCAGAGGAGCCUGGUACUUGCUUUCCUUCAGGUUCUGCAAUAAAAUAUUGGGUGAAAUGCCAUCCCUGGGCAUUACAGUCUUCUGCUUCCUACUUCUAAUUGUCACCACAUCUACCCAUGCAUCGAUGGAAGUUAAUUUUGACCCAUUCGUCCAUCUCUCACCUGACAGCGAAAAUGGAACAGAAGAGAACGUCCCAACAGAGCUGCACAGGCAGAAGCGACAGGUAGCUACAUUUGGCCUUUCCCCUUUGGAAUACAAGAUUGACAUUGAGAUCAGUUAUACAGAUCCUUUUCUCUUGGAAGCCAUCAAAGAUUAUUUCAAGAAUCUUAGUUUUCCACUCAUAGUAAAUACCUCAGAUGCAGCAAUGAACAUUUCAAGCCUCAGUGUUACUACAGUAUGCAGUCUCACCAGUAAUAAUGAGACCCAUUGUUUUUGUGAAAGUGGGUACAGAUGGCCAGCUGCAAUGUGUAGUGCCAACUCAAUCUGUCCUAGUACCUAUCCAACACAAGAGGAGAUCUGUGACUGUAUCACACAGGUGCCUUCUCAAGGACCCUAUUGUCAGCUUCAGCCUGACGAUCAAACCCACUUCUCUGUGUCCCCUGAGGACAUUUUCCAGGGGGAUACAGUAAUAAUGAAGUGUGAGAUACCAUUGGAUACAGGAAACGGGAUCUGGUAUCAUUCUGGACAUGUAAUCUUGAAUAGCACCCGGCAUUCAAUAUCUACAACGUCAGUUCUGAAAAUUACCAAUGUUACACAGGAUGAUACCGGUCCUUAUACUUGCAUUUUCGUAAACAGCAGUGUGAACUCCACAUUGGUAUUUAAAGCAACACGCAAUAUAACAGUAGCUGCAAUAAACAUUGUGCAAUCGGGAGACACUGAGGUUAUAUGUGACGGUACCAAAGUAUCGCUGAGCUGCUGCAUUGAUGGAAAUAUACAAUUCUUUACUACUAACUGGAGACCAAAUAAAGCAAUUAAUAUUGUGGGAACCACCAGUUUCACUCCAAACUGUACUGAGUACACUCUCCAAGCCAAUCAGUGUCAGUGCCCAAACCAGCCUAAUAGUGAGAUAACGUACACGUGUGAGCUGAGUACGGGGAAUGGCGCCAUCCGAAGUAAAGCCAUCAGCGUGACAUAUUUACAAAUAGCAAAUGUAAAAAUAGUUUCAAGCGCAAAAGCUCAAGUUUCUGAGGGACACAGUUUUAAUCUAACAUGCACCAGCGAUCUGAGCAAUUGCGAUAAUGUCACCUGGAAAAUCAAGUCUGAAAUGAUAGACUCUCGGCUAUACAGCUGUAACCUGGAAUCCCCAAGCAAAGCCAGGUCCGUGCUCACAGUGAAGUCUGCCACUCAGGCCUGGAAUGGCACCUAUAUUUGCACAUUCUCUCAGAAGUCUUUGCCAAGUUCUGCUAAUACAACAGUUGAGAUUGUGCCUCUGCCUCUGAAACAGAAUAUUGUACUGGAUCCCAUGCAAGGAUUUAUACAAUGCGAUGUACCUCAGGUCCUAAAGUGCUGCAUAAAUGGAAUGGAAAACUAUGACGUUAUAUUCACAGUUCAACAAAGCGAAUUUAAGGGUGUGAAAAACACACAAGGAAACCAAAUGUGCUACACAUACAAUUACAGUUACACAGAAAGCUGCAGCUCAAUGUUAGAUGUCGUGGCAAAUUGUACCUUUGUUAACCGCAUUCAAGAUAAGGUCACAAGUUCACCUAUGAAACUAAGUAUUAUACCAGAAAAUAAAGUUAUGUGCUCAGGCAGCAUUGGUGUGGGACAGCAAGGAGCACAGAUUAAAAAACCAUGCCCAGGCUCUAAAGAUGUGAAUGGCAUGAACAUCUCCAUUAGAGGGACUGUAAUCUAUGUGUGUAACACCAACUGGAAGGUUGCUAGCAACAGCUGCAUAUCUGACCAAAUAAACAAACUGCUCAAUAAUGCUGAGUCUUUGGUGUAUGGUCCACGAGCAGAAGAAAAGCUACCCACGUAUCUUGAGACUCUUCAUAAUACUACAAUAAAAGAACUACAAGAAAUAAACACUUCACCUGCAAACCUGAUGGCAAUAAUUACCAUUCUGGAUUUGGUUUCAAAUAUCCCAACAGACGCAGAGCAACACACAAUGACAAAUUUCCUCUCUACAGUGAACAUUAUUAUCAACAGUUCCAGAAUACUUGCCUGGAAACCUCUGAACAAUGAAACAGCGAACAGUUCUCUGUUACUGGAUUCAGUGGAGAGAUUUUCCCGGUCCCUCCGGCCAGUUAAUAAUACCAUUCCUCCUAUCACCAACACCAACCUUCAGCUGCAAGGUAUAGUUAUCACAGAAAAUAGCACAUCAGACUAUAAUAAGAACUUUACUUUCUCCAAUUCAGCAAACCUCAGCGGUAAUGUGCUAAUUAAUAGCGAUACAUUUAAGAACUUGAAACAAAACUCGACCAUCAUCACCGUGGCUUUCUCAAACCUCAGCUAUAUUCUGCCCAACCCCAAUGAGACAGUUAAGGAUGUGAAUGGCUUGGUGAUGAUGACAACAACGAACAGCACGCUCCCUCCAGACUUCCAGAUCUCUAUGACAUUUGCCAAAAGCAAUUUGUCCAUGAAAGAACCCCAGUGUGUCUUUUGGAACAACUCUCUCUCUGCUGCUGUAGGAGGAUGGGAUGACACCGGUUGUCACCCGAAGGAUGAAGGAGACAACAUCAUUUGCAUCUGCAGUCACUUGACUUCGUUCUCAAUUCUGAUGUCAUUCGACCAGGGGUACUCCAAAGCCGCACUGCAGUCACUAGAUUACAUUACCUACAUUGGCCUGAGCAUUUCCAUUGUGAGCUUGAUGAUCUGCAUAUUAAUUGAAUCCCUGGUAUGGAAAUAUGUGACCAAAAACAGAACCUCCUACAUGCGUCACGUCUGUAUAUUGAACAUAGCUGUGUCUCUUCUGAUUGCAGACAGCUGGUUCAUUGUCGCUGCCUUCCUACAAGACAAAGAGGAGCUAGUGACUGGGAAUGUCUGCAUAGCUGCCACCUUUUUCAUCCACUUGUUCUACCUCAGUAUGUUUUUCUGGAUGCUUGCCCUGGGCCUCAUGAUCUUCUAUCGCCUUGUCUUCAUUUUACAUGACACUAGCAAGACCAUCCAGAAAGCUGUAGCAUUCUCUUUGGGAUAUGGGUGCCCUCUUAUUAUAUCAGUCAUCACCAUAGCUGUCACUCAGCCGCAUAACACUUACAAAAGGGAAAAUGCCUGCUGGCUCAACUGGGAGAAAAGCAAAGCUCUUCUUGCCUUCGUUAUACCCGCACUGAUCAUUGUGGCUGUGAAUUCAAUCAUUGCCGUUGUAAUCCUAGUCAAAAUACUAAGGCCUGCCAUUGGGGAGAAGCCAAGCAAGCAGGAGAGGAGCUCCUUGAUUCAAGCCAUCAAAAAUGUUGCCACUCUGACACCGCUAUUUGGCCUUACCUGGGGAUUUGGAGUCGCAACCCUUAACAAAGACAGCUCAAUAGUAUUCCAUAUACUAUUUACUCUCCUCAAUGCUUUCCAAGGAUUAUUCAUUCUGGUGUUUGGAACUCUCAGGGACAAGAAGGUAGUAGAAGCCUUGCUGAACAAAUAUUCACUUGGAAGAUGGAGUACACAGCAAACAAAGUUAACGUCCUUGGGUGAUUCUGCCCCCGUGUUCUCCAUGAGCUCUCCAUUCUCAGGAGCACUAAACAACUUAUUUGGCAAAGCAGGAAAAUACAAAAUCUCUUCCACAGAAACAACAGGUUCGUUUAGUGAGCACACCUCCAACACAUAUUCUGGGCUUCACUGAUGUGUUGCAAAUGUUGAACCAAGAAUGUGUGAAGAGACCCAGGUCUUUUUGCGAACCAUACGUCAAAAGAAUGAAAAAAAUACUCUAUGAAUCAGAGAGAAGUGGACAUCACCCAGACUGCACUGUGCCUUGGCAUGUUCUUUAACAAGCAUCCCUUCUACUUAACCUGUAUGGAAGUUUCAUGAUGUGGAAUGUUAGAGACCACUAAUGCUAAAAGAAAUGUAAAAAUAUUCCACAUAGGCUCCCCUUGAUCUCAGUGACAGUUGAAGGCGGUCAGCAUCAACGUGGAGGUGCUCAGCACGGCACAGGAUUGAGCCAUGACACUACAUGACAAUAGACUUCACGUAGUCUUAAUAAUUUCACUUUUCCAAUUUUCUGAAUGAUGCCAAAUGCAUACAUAUAUACACAAGGGCAUCCAAGCCCAUCCUCUCCCUCCUACUUGCAUCUGUAGGGGGAGAUGGUUUAGUAGUCUAAAUUUCUUGCUUGAGCUAUCUAGACUUCCUGGAAUGACAGAUUCAAACCCCAGAUGGGUUAGCUCAGAGUGCUGACCUUCUAAGACCUGGAGUACCCUGAUGAUUACUACAGGGAGGUCUGUCAGAGAUAUGACUUAAAAACCUAAGUGUUCCUUGCUCUGGUUUAACACUGAAGGCCCUCUAUGGGACUUUUGUAAGAACAUGAUGGCUUACCUUAUAUCCCUAGCUAAAAUUCCCCCUUCCUCAUGGGUAUGUAAUGUGUUAGGAGAUGGUUGGUUGCUGCACUCCAUCCCACAGGUGGCUGCAUUCCUGUGGUGUAUGUAUAUAAGGUCCCAUCAUGUAAGCGCUCAGUGAUCUUCCAUUGACAACGAUGGUAGGCCCAAACUCAGAGGGCUUGCAGGAUCAGUACUACCAUAAAACACUUUGAGUGCCAGGCAGGAUGAAAGGUGUGUAAAUUAUUAUUACAGUGCUGAAUUUGUAGCUUCACAAUUGUUUCCAUGGCUGCAGAUUUUGAUGUCUUAAGCCAGGAUUACGAGAGGCGCCUGCAAAACACUCAUGGCCAAAGACAACAUUGUUUGCAAUAAAAGGAACUCUUCAUGCAAAAUUUGCCAUAAAGUAUUUCACAAGUUCACCCAGUUCUGGAUUAGGGGCCAGAUUCACCACCAUUAUCAGUGGGUGCAACUCCAUUUGGCCUCAGUGGAAUUAGGCCCACGUGUGCAUGUGGUGAAUUUUGGUCCUGUAACUGCACGGUAGGAUGAAACCGGUGUUGUGGGGAGAGAGAUGUCACUAUUACACAGGGGUGUGGGAUGGUAGCAGAAGGGAAAUAGAGAAGUAUUGGUCAAGCAAAUUCUUUAUACUGACAGCAAUUUAUUUUUGCUUUAAAGUCUCCUCCAGUGUGAAAGUUCUUCUUUGAAAUGACCUCCUUAUUCUCAGAGUUUAGAAUAGGUGCGAAGUAUUGUAAACGGGUUGUAGCUUCAAUGGCUGACAGGAAAUGGCUCCUGCAUUAAUGAGAGCACUGCCAAAUUAUUCUGGCCUCAUAAUGGGGACAAAGACCCUACUUCACAAAGCAUAUUCUUCAUUUCAGGUGCUUUCUUCAGUCUCAUUGACAUCCAUGUGUUUCAGGGCUUUGCUGAGCAGGGACAGAUUGAAAUGCACGCUUAAGUGCUUUGCUGAAAAGGGACCUAAUGGGGAAUAUGUAACAAGCACAUCCCAGCACAGGGAUGUGGGCUAAAACUGCAGACAAGAUUCUCAGCCCUGCCUAAGUUCCCUAAAGCUGCCUCAGACAAGCAGCUGAGCCCUCCCCCUGUGCAAGAGCAGUGCCAGGCCGUGGCCCAGGUGAAAGCAUCAACCCUGCCCGGUUGUGCUAAAUUUUUGACAUUGAACUGCUGUCACUAACCACAUCCACCUCUAGCUGUGCCCCUCGCCAGUUCCCCUGCAGCAUCACUGCAAGGUGGAUUGUGCAAUAUGGAUUUUCUGUCCUCUGGGAAUGGGACUUCAUAGCAGAGCCCGAUGCCCUCAGCUGUCUGAGUGUGCAAGAGCAGCUGCCUGUGCCUGGUUAAGCAUGGGGUCAAAAUGCUUUUUCACCAAUUAAUGGUCCAGGACCUUUGGGAAGCUGGAGUGGAGGGAACGAUUCUGAUUUGCACUACAUGGCUGGGCAAGGGGGAAAAGGCGUUGUGAGAACUCCCUUUGGCCCGCGCAGGGGCUGCUUGGACUCUGGGUCCAAAUGCAUAAGAGCAAGCAGUAUUACUCUCUCCCUCCUUUUCUGGAGCAGGUGGCCUCGAAUGCUCAGAGCCUUGGUUCUGCCGCUCCAACUUGCUGGCCACAGUAGCAGAGCCAGCACACAGAGGGUGGCAAAGGAGGGAAUUGGGACUCAAAGGGGAAUCCUUUGACACUGUGUUCCCCAGUGGUACCUGCGUAUGCCUAAAGUGCAAACUUAGCCUAUCAUCUGUAAAAUGCUUUGAGAUCCUCCCGUAUGAAAGGCGCUACAUCACAUACGACAAAUGCCAGCCUUAUAACCGUGAUUGCUGACAUUUCCCUACAUAGAAUUGACCUGCAGAAUUAGUAAUUGCUCAACAAUUCUGGAGUUUAUAUACUGUAAAAUUCACAUUUCAUUUCUGUGAAGUAUGAAAACUGUUGUGCCAUGAUUUCUUCAUGACACUGUCAUGUACUAGCCAUCUAAGCUUAGAGUAGGCUUGUUACAUUGCCCCAAGGAAGAUACAUUUAUGCAACAGCUGCAUUUUAGAAAGGUAAGUUUGUCAAGAAAAAUAAAACCCAUGUUUAACAGUCAGACAGUCUCUUAAGGACUGACAUAAGCUAACGGGUUGUUAUUUAAACAACAUUAUCUAACAUCUGUCUGGAUAAUCCAGCUUUCUUUCCCUAGAUGGGGAUUCAGAAUUCAAAAAUGUACAAUAAAGUCUAUUCAAAAUCUAGGGGGAAUUCCCUUAACCACCUCCCAUUACACUGCUUAAAAGAUUUUUCUUUGGGGCAAAUGCUGGUAAUUCCUGCGCAGCUUCUUUCAGUGUUAUUUUACAACCCUUCCUUUUUAAAAGAAGUAAUUGUUAAUGUCUUCCAUUUGUAGGAUACUGUCUAUAGUACUUUACAAAUGAGAGCACUUUAUUUUUGUACUAUGAUUUUCUCCCUAAUACAGUAACUCCUCACUUAAAGUCGUCCCGGUUAAUGUUGUUUCGUUGUUAGUUGCUGAUCAAUGAGGGAACAUGCUCGUUUAAAGUUGUGCAAUGCUCCCUUAUAAUGUUGUUUGGCAGCCGCCUGCUUUGUCCACUGCUUGCAGGAAGAGAAGCCAGUUGGAGCUAGAUGGUGGGGGCUUGGAACCAGGGUGGACCGGCAGCCCCCUAUCAGCUCCCUGCUCCCCUAAGUUCCCUGUGUGGCAGCCACCCAGCAGGCUAUCAAUUGCUGGCAAUUCAGCUGUCCCUCCCCCCCCCUCGUGUGCUGCUCCAGCCCUCUGCCUUGGAGCUGCUCCCGGGAUUUUCCUACUUGCAGUGCAGAGGGGUGGUGAAGAGGGGUGCUAAUGUCAGGGUGUCCCCCUCUCCCUGGCUCCUGUACCCCCAUCUCCUGUACCUUAUCUCCACAGGGAGGGGGCACACCACAGGGCUCAGGACUGAGGGAGCUUGCUGGCAGCAGCUGCUGUCUCAAUUUGCUAAUCUACUUAAAAAGGCAAUGCACUUAGAGUGGGAUCAGCAUACUUAAAGGGGCAAUGCGCAUCUCUCUCUCUCACACGGGGGGGAGGGGGGGGUUGUCUCUGUCUCUCUCUGCUAUGCUGUCUCCCCUCCCUCCAUUCAUGCUACCUUGUAGAGUGUACAAGCGACAUUAACAACAUGUUAGCCCUUAAGUGCUAGUUCAUCAUUUAGCAAUAAAGCAUUCCCUGGGAAAUAUCCCACCCUCUGACUUCACCACGUAAACCAAGCUUCACAAUCAUCAUUGCUGUGUCCAGUAUUAAAUUGUUUAACACUUAUACUGUGUAUAUGUGUGUAUACACAUAUAUAAUAUAGUCUUUUGUCUGGCAAAAAAAAUUUCCCUGGAACCUAACCCCCCUAUUUACAUUAAUUCUUAUGGGGAAAUUGGAUUCGCUUAACAUCAUUUCACUUAAAGUCGCAUUUUUCAGGAACAGAACGACAACGUUAAGCGAGGAGUUACUGUAUAUAGUUUAUAUCUCAAAAGUAUGAAAGAACAAGGAAGCACCUGUGCUUACUGUACACAUCUAUAUCGUACAAUGUUAAUUGUUAAUAAAAUCUGCUUGCAUAGA